AUGUCGAGAAUAGUUCCAAUUUGGAAACGCUGCUUUUUUGAAUGGACUAAAGAAACUUCAAUAAUCCCAUAUCGAUAUCUCAGCGAUCGUAAGUUGACAGUUUUUGAAAGAGUAUGGUGGGCUGCAGGAAUCAUUGUAACUUUAAUAACUUGCUGCUAUUCGGCCUUCACUUUGUACAAAAAAUGGUGCGACAAUCCCGUCGUCAUCGGUUACGCUACAAAACUCUCUCCUGUUUCAACAAUUCCCUUCCCAGCUGUUACGAUUUGUCCGUUAACGAAAACACGCGUCGAAGCGUUUAAUAUUACCGAAGUUCACGGCAUCAUUAGCAGGGGCGAAGCUUUGGAUGAAGUUCGAGAAAAACAGCGUCAAGUGCUGGCACAUGUUUGUCCCUGGUCAAGCCAUUGGAAACACCCAGGAAAGCCAGUUCCAGUGGAUUCUGUUGUAAACACGCUGCGAAAUAUGUCCCUCUCAUUCAACGAAACCAUGCUGAUGUGCUUCUGGAGGUUGCAAGAGACAUCAUGUAGGACGCUUUUUUCGGACAUUUUGGCAGAUGACGGAAUAUGUUACACCUUUAACAAUCUUCUUCCGAACGAAACGUAUCGGAUGAAUGCAAUUUCACAGGAUUUUACCAAUUUCGCUACAGCAGCUGUGCGAUCCAGUUGGUCGUUGGAUUCAGAGUACGACAAGCAAGCGGGAAUAAACGCCUUUCCCCAUCGCGGGUUGUCCAAUGGAUUGAUAUCCGGGUUGAUCGUUCUACCGAUGUCUAGGAAAAUCGAUCAAGACUUUUUGUGCAGGGGACCCUAUACCGGGUAUAAAUUUUCCGUGCAUACUCCUGGUGAAAUCCCAUUGACGAACGAUAAGUUCUACCGGCUAAAUGCACUGAACUCCGUGACUCUGAGCGUUACACCUCGCGUGAUAAGAACAUCUCGUCAACUAAGAUCGCUUGCUCCGUUGAGACGGGGCUGUUUUUUCAACAACGAACGACAUCUAAAAUUCUACCGGACCUAUACUAUGAGCAACUGCGUACUGGAGUGCGUCGCCAACGUAACUUUGGAGAAGUGUCACUGUGUGAAAUUUUCCAUGCCUCGAUCGGAUGACACCAAAGUUUGCGAUACGAGUCAAAUCGAAUGUUAUUCCAACAUCUACCUGGAUUUGCUCACACGUAAGGUGAUGAACGCUUUGAGCGGACGGAUGGAAAACAACUGCAACUGUUUGCCGCCGUGUAAUUCUUUGGAAUUCGACGUCGAAGUGUCCGAGUUUCCGUUCAAUUUUCACGAAAUGGCUACCGCUAUGCGUAUGCCGGCGAUGAACUACGGCCAAGUUGACUCGGCAGCAUUGUUCAUCAAACUUAAGAAUCGUCACUAUUUGCCAAUGUGGAGACGGGAGAUGAUGGGACACACGGAUGUAUUGGCCAAAAUUGGUGGAAUAUUUGCCCUAUUGAUGGGAGCCAGUGUGCUGAGCUUGGCCGAGAUUGUGUAUUAUUGCUGUGUUCGUCCUCUGCGGAGAGAAAGGGUGCAGCAUAGUCCGAUCAAUUUAUAUUAAGUAAUGAUACUUGUUAUGUGACAUAAUCAAAGAACCUUUCUAAAGCAUGGUAUAGUGGUAAAAUAUCUGUGUUUCUCUUCAGGUCAUAAUGUAAUUUUUCGCAUAUUGAAUAACAAUAUAUUUAUGGUCAAGUGAAUAGCAUAACACAUUUUCCUACGUUAAACGACUUCCUCCGGUCAUCAAGAAUCACAUCCUUGAGUUAACCAACGGCAUCCGGGAGGACCGCACAUUACAAGACGAAUGGAGAAUAAGCUUUGUGGUGCCUAUCCUGAAAAACAGCAUCGCGAGUCGGGAUGCCACAAAGUACAGACCGAUCUCUCUAACUUCCUUUGUGUCAAAGACUGUCAAGAGAA